AUGUAUGGCGCUUCCGCGAACCAGCGGUUGAGUGCUCGGAAUGACGCUCUGCAAGGCGCCACACUCGCAUUCCACUCCAGGGAUCCCUCACCUGCAGUUAGAUCUUCUGCCACGACUCCAAUGGCAGAUCCUUUGCGCCAGAGGGCUGAAUCUGAUCUCCCAGAAGCGGGCUCCGUAAAGGAGAAGGUCGGGAGAUUGGCGAGGCCACUUUCGCCUACACCCAGUACAUCAAGUGCGAGGGGACGACCAUCAGCCGCACCUCUCGCCUCCGCCUCUCAAAUCGCCGCACGGCUCGCUGCGUCAAGGUCACCUGGGCGGGAUACCAGCGCUCCCUCGACAACUGCUAGACCUGGUGCAGGCGCACGAAAUGCGAGCCGGGUGCCACCUCCACAGGAGAAGCGACAGCCACCACCACCAAUCCCUAUUCGCUCGAUCCAAAAGGCCCAGAGUCCUGGUCCCCCGCUGCAUGAUAAUGGCUUAAGGUCUGACUCGGAUCUGGCUAUCUACAGGCGCUCAUCAUCGCAACAAUCCAGCACAACUCUAGACUAUCAGGAUAGUCGAGAAUCGAGCCCCCAUCCCUCCUUAGAGUCUCGGAAUUCAUCUCUGCUGUCAGACGAGCCGAAACCGAAACCGAAGCUUCCGCCGCGCGUGCCUCCACCGCGAGGGUCUAUCAGAAACCAUGGAAUUAUCGCAAACCCCAGUCCUUCGACACCGAGCGAGGUAUCUAUAUCAAGCCCAUCAUCUGCAAGUACCAAUAUAAUAGAUGACACCAUUGGCAUGAGCGAGGUAGCCCUCUCCAAUGCUAUUAUCGCCUCAUCCCUGGCAUCAGCACGAGCAUCCCCAGCUAUCAGGGGGAUUCCCCCGCCACUUCCCCAGCGACGACACGCACGAUCCAUUCUACAUUUACCACACGCACACCAACCCAAGUCCGACCUCUCAAGGACACCGAGUCCACCGAAGAGCAUGCCGAUGACACUUCGUGGCACACCGAAAAUCAGCGAUGCCGACCGUCGAAAACACAGAAAUCCCUUACACAAACACCCCCACAAACACAAGGAGGGGGAUCGUAAGCGCUGGCAACGCGAGGUCAAUGAGAAGGAACGCAAACGUUACGAAGGUGUUUGGGCCUCUAAUAAAGGGCUUCUCAUCAACACCGAGGGCCCCGGUCCCAAUGAAAACGGGUCAUGGCCAUCUGAUGCUUCAGAUAUGGUUCUCAACCUGGUGGUCCGGGAGAUCUGGUGCCGUAGCCGCCUGCCCGAGCCGAUUCUGGAGCAAGUGUGGGACCUGGUCGAUCAUCAAAAUAUCGGGCUCUUGGUGCGUGAGGAAUUCGUGGUUGGAAUGUGGUUGAUCGAUCAGAACUUAAAGGGACACAAGAACCCUGCGAGAGUUCGGGACAGUGUCUGGGAUAGUGUACGGCAUGCUGGCAUUAAGCUACCCCCUGGGAAAGGCAAGGGCCAUGCUUAA